AUGGACUCCAGCAAUCUCGCUGAACAUGUGCUGUGGCCGGACUUCCCGAUUGCUGAGAGCCAACCAGAACACCUCAACUGGGACUCUCUUGUGGACCAUGGAGCUCUCCAGCCUGACUGGUGGACAUGUAAUGGCACUGACACUUCAGAGAUUGAUAACGAAGUCUGUUCCAAUGCAAACUCGAUAAGUGCCGAUGAACUAGGUCGCAAUUUCAUAUCACAGUGGUCAGACAGUUCCGUGAAGAAUGACCACUCGAUCCAGUCAUCGGUUCAGUCUUCACUCGCCAGCUCAUCUCGGGAACAAUUAGCCAAGGAUCUCUCAAAGAACCCUUCCUCCACCGAACGUUCCACGAGGGCAAAAUCAUAUCCGCGAUUGUCCUUAGACGCUGUUAAAGCCUUGAGGCUAUGGCUGCAUCAACAUCAAAAUUUCCCAUACCCCACGCCAGAUGAAAGAGCUCAACUAGAACAGCAGACUGGACUGAACAAGAUCCAAGUUUUGAAUUGGUUCGCCAAUGCUAGACGGCGAAGGCGAAAGCGCAUGGAGCAUGACUCCACGGCCGGGGAAAGCUUAGGUGCCGGCACAUCUUUGUCCCCUCUGGAGCGCUGGAAACAAUCACCACCUGAAAGCGAACCAGCUGCUACGUCCGACAUUAUGCGAGCACUCGAGAACAUGCACCACUACCCCGAUCAGGGUCAGGCUUACUAUAGCGACUCCGGCCGUCUAUCUGUGAAUAGUUCCGGUAGUUCCGGUAGCUCGUUUCUAUUCGGAGCUCCCUCGAUGAGCAUUUUUGAAAAUAGUUGUUCCUCUGGUUCUGAUUUAGCUAUUACGCCUAUUCAUCGGCAAGCUCAAAGGCCCCCUACGCCAAAUCCAAGCAUGGGGAAGCGCCACCAGCGCCGGAAGAACUCACGCUUAGCUGGCCAACUAGAAAAGCCAAAGAUACAGGGAUCUCGCAUGUUUCAGUGCACUUUCUGCUGCGACUCCUUCCGAACUAAAUAUGAGUGGACCCGACAUGAAAAAGCGAUACAUAUCUCGGUUGACUUGUGGCGCUGUGCGCCAGAAGGCGGCAUCAUCGAAGCAGACGGGUUCAACAUUUGCGUGUUCUGUCAAGCGCAGAAUGCAGAUGGCAAUCACCUCGAGACACAUAACUUUCUUCAAUGCCAAGACAAACCUUCAACAUUACGGGAGUUUUCACGAAAAGACCAUCUGAGACAACACCUCCGUUUGAUGCAUAACGUACAAGAUCACCAUUUCCUAGAUAAAUGGCGAGUCUCUCUCCUCAAUCUACAUUCACGAUGUGGAUUUUGCAACUCGACUUUCACAACUUGGGACGAGAGAGCAGAUCAUCUAGCCGAGCACUUCAAAACCGGGGCAGACAUGAGCCAGUGGACAGGCAACUGGGGUUUCGAUCCCGAUAUUGAGCUCCAGGUCAGAAAUGCCAUGCCCGCCUGGUUGCUUGGUCAAGAGCGAACCACCGUGGAUCCGAUGAAAAUGUCCGAUGCGACACAACCUCAUGAUCAGUUACCCUCGAUGCAUAAUUUUCCCAAGGGCGUGGAUCUCUAUAUGAUCCUCCGUAACGGAUUGGUUUCAUACAUUCAGGAUCAGAUCUCGACGGGUCUCUAUCCUUCGGAUGAGAUGAUUCAGUCCACAGCUCGUCUGAUGAUGUAUGGAAGCGAUGAUCCUUGGAAUCAGACAUUCGCGGAGAAUUCCACUUGGCUGGCGGCUCUCAAACAUGAUGUGCAUUUCGGAUCGUCGAAAACGCUUCCAGGACUUCACACGACAUCCAAAGAAAGCUCUAUAUGGCCGAAAGAUUGUUGA